UUCUGACGGGGGGGAGGGGAGCGGUAGUGCCGGGGAAGAGGAGGAGGGGGGGGGGGCGCACUUUCAAACCCUACAGCGGCGGCGGUCGGUGUGGGGCUGAGUCUCCGGCUAACCGUCCGCAGCGGUUGAAUCCGGUUCUUCGUCGGGUCCUGUCAUAGGGGCAGCGCGGGAGGAGGAGGAACGAGUCCUGCUGCUUCCUCCUCUGACAAGACACAUGAUGAACACACUCAUUCAAGAUACAGCUAGCUGAACAGCUAUAAAAUGCCCAAAUUUGCAUCUACAAAAGCAGUUCAGAUUGAAAAUUCUGACAGUGAUAGCACCAUGGUGGAGAAACCAACUGGAAGAAAGAGCAAGGACAAGAUUGCAUCGUACAGCAAAACUCCAAAAGUGGAUAGGAAUGAUGUGGGGAAGGAGAUGAAAGAAAAGUCUUCCAUGAAACGUAAACUUCCUUUUACUAUUAGUCCAUCCAGAAAUGAAGAUCGAAAUUCAGACACAGAUUCAGAUCCAGGACAUACACAUGAAAACUGGGGGGAGAGAUUAAUACCUUCUUACAGGACAUAUUCAGAGAAAGAAGGCCCAGAGAAGAAGAAAAUGAAAAAGGAAGCUGGAAAUAAGAAGUCGACACCAGUUAGCAUUCUUUUUGGUUAUCCGCUUUCAGAGCGCAAACAGAUGGCCCUUCUUAUGCAGAUGACAGCUAGAGACAACAGUCCAGAUUCCAACCUGCAUCAUCCUUUACAGACAACACCAACGCAAAAGAAAACACCAAGCUCCUCAUCAAGACAAAAAGACAAAGUUAAUAAGAGAAAUGAACGAGGGGAAACGCCUUUACAUAUGGCAGCCAUCCGAGGGGAUGUUAAACAAGUUAAAGAGUUAAUCAGUCUAGGCGCAAAUGUGAAUGUAAAAGAUUUUGCAGGUUGGACUCCGCUUCACGAAGCAUGUAAUGUUGGUUAUUAUGAUGUUGCUAAGGUUCUGAUAGCAGCAGGAGCAGAUGUGAACACACAAGGACUGGAUGAUGAUACUCCACUUCAUGAUUCUGCUAGCAGUGGGCAUAGAGAUAUUGUGAAGCUCCUGCUUCGACAUGGUGGAAAUCCAUUUCAGGCCAACAAACAUGGGGAGAGACCAGUUGAUGUAGCAGAAACAGAAGAACUGGAACUGCUACUGAAAAAGGAGGUGCCUAUUUCUGAUGAUGAAGACAGUUGCUCAGAUUUUGAAGAGACUCCAUCUGUAAAUCCUUCCAGUGUAGACGGGAAUGUUGAUUCUGAAGCAGAAAAAGAAUCUCUAGUCAUUGACAGCAAGCAGAUGGUCCCUAGUAAGGCACCACUUUCAUCUGCUCUUGAUGAAUAUGAGUUUAAAGAUGAUGAUGAAGAUGAAAUAAAAAUGAUUGAUGACAGACGUAUUCUUAGAAAGGAUCUAAGAAAAGAGGAUGAGGAUGAGUCUGAAAUAGAAAAGAAUAAUUUAUUUGUGAAACAGGAAAAAGUUGUUUUUCCAAAAUCAUUUAAAAGUAAAAAACAGAAACCGUCCAGAGUUUUGUACUCAAGUUCUGAAAGUUCAGAUGAAGAAAUUCUUCAAGACAAAAACGUUGUCUCUCCUCCUUGUUCUAUCACAGAAACUCCAAACUCUGAUAUAAAAAUGAAAAAAGAAUAUAUUGUUUCAAACGACCACAAGCAAAAAGGGAAAGUUAAAAGGAAGCUAAAAAAUCAGAGCAAAAAUAAAGAGAAUCAAGAACUAAAGCAAGAAAAGGAAAAUUCUAGAGUGACAAAUGUAGUUAGUUCUGGACUAGAUUCUUUAGACAAAGCUAGAGAGGAGGAGAUGUUUAAAAAAUCUUUUAGUCCAAAAGAAGAUUCUUCAUUACCCUUAUUUCAUAUUACUGCUAGCAAAUCUCCUAAACAUCCCUGUGGAUUAAGUGAAAAGCAGUCAACACCACUAAAGCAAGAAAACACUAAAACAUGCUUAUCACCCGGAGGUUCUGAAAUAUCAUUGCAAUCUGAAGUAGUUAGGUAUGAUCAUAAUACAGAUUCUGAAUAUCUAGUGGAAAGUUCUAGUGGCAAAUCUUGCAAACACAAAGAAAAAAGCAAGCAUCAGAAAGAUUUUCACUUAGAAUUGAGUGAAAAAUCUAGUCCUAAAAUUAAAGAGGAAGAAAAUAGUUCAGCAUUUGAGAAUUCAGAAUGUAUGCUGAAAAAAAUCGACAAGGAAGGUAAAACACUUAAAAAGCAUAAACUGAAGCAUAAAGAAAGAGAAAAGGACAAGCACAAAAAAGAACAGGAUGGGGAAAAGGAAAAACACAAACACAAAGAUAGCGCUAAAGAGGUACAAAGAAAUAUUGAGUUUGAUAGAGAAUUUUGGAAAGAGAACUUUUUUAAAAGUGAUGAAACUGAAGAUAUAUUGUUAAAUAUGGACCAUGAAUCUCUUCCCUCAGAGAGAAAAACAAAGCUGGAAAAAACUAUGCUGAAAGAAGAUAAAUCAGUAAAAGAGAAACAUGUCCAGAAAGAGAGAAGUUUUAAAGAUGAGAGAGAAAAAGAAAAAAACAGAAAGGAAAAUGAAAAAUUUAAGGAUGAAAAAGUGAAAGAUACAAAAGAAGAAAAAGAGAACAUGUUCACAGAUAAAGAAACAGAAUUGUUCUGUUCAGCUGUAGGUACUAAAGAUGAGCCAGCUAGUAUGCAUUUAGUAGAAAAAGAAGCAGAUACUGAAAAGCAGGAAAAAAACGUCAGAGAAAAAGCUGAGAGGCGAAUCUCAGUUAAAGAAAAGGACAUUGAGAAGACAGAAAGAAAAAAUUUAGAUAAAGAGAAAAAGAUAAAACAUGACUAUAAGCCAGAGAAAGAGAAAGCAGAGCUAAAUGAAAGUAUAGAAAAAGCAAAGGAAAAGAUAAAUUCCCAGCAAGUAGAUAAAUGUCCUAAAGAAAAUGAUAAGAUAAAAAAUGGUAGUACUAUUAAAAAACUUGAUGACAAAGAAAGAAACAAAGAAAAAGUUGAUAAAAAACAUGACAAAGAAAAGAUUGACAAAGACAGGCACCUGUCUGAAAGCAAAGAAAAAUACUGCAUUGAGAGAAAGGUCAAACUAUCAGAAAAAGAAAGUGAGUAUAGUAAACCAGAAAAAGGCAAAAAUAAAGACAAAGAAAAGGAGGCUGAGAAAAAGGAAAAGUCCAGAGAUAAAGACAGCUUAACAGCAGCAAACUCAAAGCACAUGCAAGAAGAAAGGAAAUGCAAUAUUGCAGACAGUAGUAAAGCAUUGCAUGAAAAAUUAUUGUCCUUGAAAGAGAAACCAAAAGAUGAAUUGCUGAAAACUUCAGAUGGUAGAGAGAAAGAUAAAAAGGAUAAAGACAUAGAUCGAUACAAAGAACGAGACAAACACAAAGAUAAAAUGCAGCAAAAUAAUUUUCCUAAACUAAAACUUGAAUCUGAAAAACUUAAGCCUAAACCAUCAUCAGCACCAAAAGAUACUCGACCUAAAGAAAAGAGACUAGUGAAUGAUGAUUUAAUGCAAACUAGUUUUGAAAGAAUGCUUAGCCUCAAAGAUCUGGAAAUUGAACAGUGGCAUAGGAAACAUAAAGAAAAAAUAAAACAAAAAGAGAAGGAAAGAUUAAGGAAUCGGUCCUGUUUAGAACUUAACAAGAUAAAAGAUAAAGAAAAAACAAAACAUUCACUAACUGAAACUAAAAACAAAGAGCUGAUUCGUUCAAAAAGCUCAGAAUUGUCAGACAUUUACAUGAAAGAGAAGCAGCCGAAAGAUGCUACAAGUGGUAGAUCCCAAUCUGUAGACACAAAGAACUUAACAAAUUCUGGAAAGUCAUCAUUAGUUUUAGAUAACAACUUAAAUAGAUCUCCUAGAUCAGAAAGUGAAAAGACAGGUCUAAGCUCCAGGUCAGUGUCAAUGGUUUCAGUUGCUAGUUCAGAAGAUUCUUGCCAUACUACAGUAACUACUCCAAGACCCAUAAUUGAAUACGAUUCAGACUUUAUGCUAGAAGGUUCUGAUUCCCAAAUGUCCUUUUCACAAUCACCAUUUUUGGCCAAAUCACCUGCCCUUCUUGAAAGGGAGACUGAUAGCCUAGCAGAGUUGCCAGAGCGCAUUAAACCUCUUUUUGCAAACAGACUUCCACCAGCCUACAUUAGAUCAGCUUCUGUUGAAGAUGUUAAAGUGGUUUUAAAUGACUGUAGACCUGUUGUAGAAGUGCGAAGAUGCAGUAUGCCUAGUGUUAUUUCUGAACACACAAAAGAGCCUCGAUCAUCUGAAGAAAAUAGUCAGAGUGUUCUACUAGGAGUCUCAAGUCAUACUUGCACUUCUCCCAAACCAGAAGUAUCUUCUUGUAGUUUGACUGAAAGGGAUUUUCAAAAUAGUAUGUCUGGUUUACAUUCCAAUUUUACAUCUUCUCCAACUAAAACUGGUAGCAACAAGCAUGUGACAUUAGAUGCAAAUAUUGUUAAAAAUACUGCUCAAUUGAGACCUUCCGAAGAAAUUCAUAUGCAUCUAGAGCCAUAUAGUCAAAGUGGUCUGAAUCCGCUAACUAAAUCAUGGGAUGUGCCUUUUGACAGACUUAAUUCAUUAAAUAAUGGAUCCAACUGCUCAGGUUAUGGAAUGUCAGAGCAAGAUACUAGUACUGUCGUAGCAUUGCCUGAUUCUGAAAACAGGACGUUAAAAGAACAGAAACUGUCUGAAUUUUUACCUCAACACACUGAAAUUGUGGGAAAUUCCAGUUUUCAGGAAUCUACAUCAUUUUUGCCUUCACAGUCACCCUGCUCUUUGCAUAUCCAGCCACUCCCAGAUAUAGAGUGUAUGUCUAAACACACAUCUUUAUCAGGUAUUAGCAAUCAAGAGCCAACAUUUGUACAACAGCAAAAAAAUCUAGUUCAAACUACCAGUUCUGUUUUGGACACAGACACCAAUAAUGCGAGAGAAGCUGAAAACACUUUGUUCCCAUCAAACAUUAAAAAGGCCAAUGUGCUUAUCACUGUAUAUCCUGAAAGCGUCACUAAGGAUAUUUCACAGAAUUUUGGAAGAGCUAGUACUCUAUCUACAUUACUGUCAGAAAAGGAUUUUACAGUAAAUGAUGCUUGUUCACAACUAAAUACAAAUUCUUACGCGUUCAGUAAAAUUGUUUACAAGAAUUCUCGCUCUGAUGAAGUAGAUAGUAGCACAGCUAACACUCAAACCCCAAAUGAAAAAGCCCAACUAGAAAAUUUGGUUUCAGCACAUUUAGAUAAUAGUAAAUCUGACAUUGAUCUAUGUGAACUAAAUGCAGGAAUACCAAAAGAAAUUAUAAAUGAAUCGGCUAAUAAAAAUAAUUGCACUAUAGAUGGCGGAGAAAAUAUUUCAACACAUGACCUGCCACCAUACCCAUUGUCUAAUUUGGAAGAUAAUUCACAGCAAACUGCACAAGAAAUAGUACAUAAAUUCAGUCAGACAGUUAAACUAGAAGUAGAAGAAACUGUUGAGGAUCAUAAAACAGAACAGCAAGAAGUUCCUCAAAGAAUUACUAGAAAUAGAGCAAAUAUGCUUGCUAGUCAGAGUAAACCGAAUUCUAUUGGUUGCACACAAACAUCAGAAAAAGACUGUGAGUCAGCUGCAUCUAUAAAAGGAAGGAUAAGAUUAAUUGAGGAAGAUGAUGCUCAAGUACACCAUCCACGCAAAAGAAAGGUGUCACGUGUGCCUCAGCCUGUACAAGUGAAUCCCUCUUUACUGCAAGCUAAGGAGAAAACCCAGCAGUCUCUGGCAGCUAUUGUAGAUUCUCUGAAACUCGAAGAGAUUCAGCCAUACAGUUCAGAGAGAACAAAUCCAUAUUUUGAAUACUUGCAUAUAAGGAAAAAAAUAGAAGAGAAACGUAAAUUAUUGUGUAGCGUUAUUCCUCAGGCACCUCAGUAUUAUGAUGAAUAUGUGACCUUCAAUGGAUCAUACCUACUGGAUGGCAAUCCCUUGAGCAAGAUAUGCAUUCCAACUAUUACACCACCGCCAUCGCUGUCAGAUCCACUUAGGGAACUUUUUAGACAACAGGAAGUUGUAAGGAUGAAAUUGCGUUUACAGCACAGUAUCGAAAGGGAAAAGCUUAUUGUAUCCAAUGAACAAGAAGUUCUCCGUGUCCAUUAUCGAGCUGCAAGAACUUUAGCUAAUCAGACACUACCAUUCAGUGCCUGCACCGUACUGCUGGAUGCUGAAGUAUAUAAUGUGCCCCUGGACUCUCAGGCUGAUGACAGUAAAACAUCAGUUAGGGAUCGAUUUAAUGCAAGGCAGUUCAUGUCAUGGCUACAAGAUGUAGAUGAUAAAUUUGACAAAUUAAAGACAUGCCUUUUGAUGAGGCAACAGCAUGAAGCAGCAGCUUUAAAUGCUGUACAGAGACUGGAAUGGCAGCUUAAACUACAAGAACUUGAUCCUGCUACAUACAAAUCUAUCAGUAUUUAUGAAAUUCAGGAAUUUUAUGUUCCUCUUGUUGAGGUUAAUGAUGAUUUUGAAUUGACGCCUAUAUGACAGCUGGCUGUCUCUUUCAAUGGAAACAGUCUGAGAGAAAUGGACAGCAAUGGGCAGAAAUGUAUGCAUCUCUUGAGGUAUAGCACUUAAUUCUGUGGAAUAUCUCCUUGUCCAAUAAUCAAGAUAUUCUUUCAGAAAAAUAGUUCAAAGUCUUGUUAAAUAUGGUAAUGGAUGAUAGUAAAUACUAUGUCAUUUAGUGAUAAAUGACAUUAAUUAUAUUGGAUGCUAGUUCCAAAAAGCAGUUUCCCAAUAAAUGCCAUUAUUUAUAUUUUAAAAGUUAACUACAACUUUAGAGCAUAUUCACUGAAAAGAUGACAAAAUACGGUGAGUUAACAGCGCUGGAAGUUGUUAACAAGUAAAAUAACCACUGAAAAGCAUUUGAUAUUUAAUAAAGCCUGCUUUAAAGCUUUGUAUUAUGAAACUUCAGUAACAGUUGAACUCCCACAGAAAAACAAUGACAAAGCCUGUGGAAGAAAUACAAGAUUUGGAAGGGAAAAAGUCUGUUCGUUUUAUUGUGUUUGUAAAUUUGUAUAGUUUUCUUUCUGGAAAAGAUGUAAUAUUGUCAUUUUUAAAUAACUUAUUUUAUACAUAUUGUGAAAAUGUAAAUAGUCUUGUAAUUAAUGUUGAAAACAUGUACAAAAAUAGAUAUUUUAAUUGUAAAACUGUUUUGUCUAAUGUUUUAUUGGACCAAAGUUGUAGUUUUUAUUAAGUGUAGUGUAUUUCUGGUUGGCAGUUCUUUUAGUAAGGCAUGUGUUUGAUUUAGCUGCUUGUUUCAUCACCAUAACCGUAAAAGAUUUGAAACUGAAUGGUGUUGCAUGCUUCACUCAACUUAACUCCCUUACUUCAGUAACUGAUACCUAAAUAACUGUAAUAUUUACAAAACCACAUUUCAUAUUAGUCUGCUAUUGUAAUGCCAUACCUAUGACUUACUAUGGUGAAAAUAUUUUGUUUAAACUAAAACACCUUUUGCUCUUACAUGGUGGUCUCACAAUAGAGCCUAUUUUUUCCCCAACAAAAUGCCUUUGAAUGAAAAUUCUUAAAUUGUACAUUGUCUAUUUUAAUAUUUACCUAUGGAAGGAUAUGUAAAUAGUUGUAAAUAUGUUUAAUAAAUUUUAUUGGUCAUGUUAA